ACGAUCUCUAAUUGUAAUUUUGUAAUUUUUGUAAUUUUCUUAUGAGCAGUUUUAAUAAACUCUGCACUAUAUGUAUAGAAAACAUUUAACUUAAUUAUGAAUAAUUCAGUUAUGUAUAACUUUAAAAUACGAUAUUACAUUUAAUAAAAGGAAAAUCAUAGGAAAAUAAAGUUAAAAUCUAAAAAGGGGAAUUAGAUUAACUUGUUUCUUUUUUAUAAAUGACAAAUGGCUACAUAAUUUAUGAGCACUUAAGCAGUGUAAGUGAAUGACAAUUAAAGCGAUUUAAACAUAAUUUAAGAGAUACAUUUGUGACAUAUAUUUAACUAUAAAAAUUGAACAUGAUUUUUGACUACGUACCGAUAUCAAUUUCACUGAAUAUUUUGAGGUUUUAUAUUAACAGGAAAAUUAUUUCUUAAUGUUACCUUUUAGAGUCUAAUAAACAUUCCUAUCGAUAUUACUGUUACUAUAUGAUUCAAUUAUAAUGAUAAUGCAAUUUGUGUGUAAUUGAAUAAGUAUUACAAAUUUUAAAUUAAAGCUAAAUUUUUAAGAUAAAAUCAAAUAAAAUUAAGUUCAAUUUUAAAUACAUUUAUAAAAUUUAAUUUAAUUUUGGAGAAUGCUUUUCUGUUAAUUACAUAUAAUCUAUUAUAUUUUUAAUUGUCAAGCAUAAAAUCAUGAGUUAUCGAAAAAUGUGAUUUUUAUAGCACGUUGUUUAAAUUUCUCGUUGUCAAGUGAAUAAUACAUUUUUAUGAAACGAGUGCUUACUUAUUUUUAAGAGCAGAUAUACAAAAAAUAAAUAUUUUGUUUUAUAAAAAAAAAAAAAAACAAAUUGGAAUGACGGCGAAAACGACGAACGUCGAUCAAAAGCGACAACAAAAGCCAUCGAUCGCAUCGUUCAACUUGCACGAGCACUCGCUUGCAUCUUCAGCCGCGUCCGCGGCGGAUUUAAUACGAGAAAAAAAAUGAUCCUUUUAGAACGCACGGAUCGCGACUUUCUUUGCGGCGAAAGAUCAUUCGCGAUACAUCGUCGGAAAUGAUAUGCGACGGGCGCACAUGCGGCGGUUGCCGUUAUCUGGAGCAGGACGAUAUAGACGAACGGACAGCGAGCCUCGCGGAGUUCCUGGCGAACUGUCAACACGCGAAAUGCAAGGUGGUUCGUCUGGUCCGUCAGCAAAUAAGUAAACUGCAGAAUAUGCAGGUACGGGUCCCCGCAUUUCACGUAAUUGGACUCGAUCGAUCCACCGACACGUCCCUAGCGUCGCUAAAAUCACCCUCCGGAUCCUACGAACAUUUUCUGGCCGCGAGCGAUGUACACGAUGAGGCGCACGAGAAGACACAUAACGAAACUCCCGCUGAAAUGCACGAAGUGCUCGACAAUGAAGUCCACGAAGUGAACAGUGGAGUACACGAGCCGUACGACGAGUCGCACGAGUUGGAGAACAAAGUGGAGCAGGCGCUCACCGUACGGCACGACAAACUGCACGAAGCGCAGAAAGCCGCCGCAGUCGUUAAGCGAACUGACGGAGCGACGAACGCAAUAAGGAACGCGGCGACCGCAUCCUUGCGUCGCGCGGCGUCUCCUGGGAGAGCGGUGGACCGCAAGUGGAUGCUGCGGAUCCUGGAUCGCGUUCGUCAUCGAGCGCAUCUGAUACUGGCGGCAGCUGCGGUCGGCGUGAUAGUCUGGACCGCUCUGGUGUACGGUGUCUUCCUGGGUGCGACGGCCUGCGGAAGCGGUGGCAUCUGCUUCCGGUCGUCUCUUAAGUACACGCACGCUAAACGCACGCUGUUUUAGCCUGCGUCUCUCAUCGAUCGUCCCCGUAAACGGUGGUUAAAGUUAACCAAGGUCCAAUCUAUUUCACUUCCGCGUCUUCGAGAAGAGAUGGAAGACGAUUGAACUCCGGCUAGCUUUACUGAAGAUUUGUAAGAAACGAUUUGUAAGAGUACCUUUUUUCUUUUUCCUUCUCUUUCUUUUGCGAAAUUGCGCGGAAAACAUCUACCUCGAUCGUACGUCUAUCUAUCGAAAUGUUUUCAAUAAAUUUAGACUUAAUUAAAAUCAUACUAUCAUUUCUAAGAGGCGCCAAGUAAAGUGCUAUUUUAACUGUAUUUCAUAUAAAUUUAUAUAUAUAUAUAUAUAUAUAUAUGCUUUGUUUUCAUAAAAUUCUGAAUAAAUAUGUUUUUCUGAAUAAAUACCAUUGGAAAAAUAAUAUUAUCAAUUUUAUUCGCGGCUGUGUUGCUUUUCUUCUAGAGAAAAAAUUAAAUCAGUUCUCAUAUUAUUAGUUAUAAUAUUAGUUAUUAUUCUUAGUUACUAUAUAUAUAUAUGCGGAAAUCUUUUUGUUUGUGAUAAAAUAAACUUAUAUUUUAA